UGUAUAUGUUGAAUUCAUUUGUCUGUCAAUUGCACACAUCGUUCGUACGAUCCCUAUCAAGUAUGUUCCCUCGUCUCACACGCACACACCCGUUGCCGCCUUCACUCAUCCCCUGACCUGCACCGCCUCCCCCUCCCCAUUCCCUCUGAACGAAAACUUGCCCAUCCCUGUCGCCACGUCGGGCGGCACAGGCGCGCCCUCUGAAAACACUGACGUCUCCCCGCCUGACAGCAUGCUCUGCUGCGUCACUUCCUGAGAGAUCUCAGGGGCCGCCGGGGUGAUCGCCGUUUUCUGGGCGUGUGCCGUUGUCCUCUUGGUGAGGGUGUCCGGGGGAAGGGGCGCGUUGGGGCCUAGCUUCUUGGCGAUUGCCUUGGGAUCGGACACCACCUCGAUGGUCUUCUUCAGCAGAGGGCGGCCUUGAGCGCUGCGUGCAGACCAGACGGAGACACGAGGCCAUAGAGAGAUUGCAAGUGGCGUGUUGUUUCGUCCUGUCCGCUCACUCUAUCAUCUGCUCAUGCAGUCGGUCGAACUGUUCGGGCUCGAGCACCUCGGCGAUCACCGGCAGCUGGAGGAUGUGGGCCUUGUGUCGCACCGACACGAUCUGCUCCACACGCGCAGCCACAGUGGCACAGAGCUCGACGGUCACCGGCAGGGCCAGCCCGGGAGGCACCUGCCCAUGACACACACUCAUUAUGGCUGGUUUGUGGCCAUGUGUGUGUGCGCUUCACCGCCUGUGGUGUGUAGUGUAUGUUGAUGAGGUUUGACUGCGGCCCCUUGACGUUGAAGCGGCACACGUCCACAUCGAAAUUGCGCAGCUUGAAGUGCAGCCGGUAGAUGUGCCCCUGACGCAGAGGACCGAAUCUGAGGGACGGCGGCUCCACCUGCACCAAGGUGUUGGGGUCGCCCAGGCCCUGCAGACAGACAAGACAGACAAGACAGACACACAGAUCGAUGCGUGUCUGUAUGUCCCCUGCUCAGCCCGCCCCCCACCUGCAUGGAUGCGGUGCGCAUGAGGUCCAUGUUGCUGUCGACGUGGCCCUUGAGGGCGUUGUAGGCGACCAUCGACAGGUGGGGGGUGUCCUUCGGCACCGACCCACGUUGCAUCGCCGCACACAGGCCAGCACCCGUCAUCCUCAGCGUAGAGACAGAGGGCGCCUUCACACACACACACACACACGCACACACACAGAGGGAGAGAGAGAGGCGUAGUAAUUCCAAGGCUGCCUCACCUGCGCGGCGUUCUUCCUGCUGGCGACGGCGGCCACCCUCACCCGCCGAUCCACCGGCCCCUCCACAUACAUAGCGGGGUUGAGCGUCAUGAAAGGCCUCUCUCUCGGCCGCCCCACCUCCCUCGGUCGACCGUACACAUCAAACGACGCGCUCUUCUUGUUCGGGUGAGGCGGAAAGGGGUUCUUCUUGGGGGCGGCCACGCCAGGGAUGGGCAGAGUGCCGGUCCGGAACGGAGACACAGGCGCUUGUGGGGGCAGCACGAAGCCUCGAGACACCUGCAGAGGUGGGGGAGCUCGCGGCUGGGAGGGAGGGGGCGUGUCGAAGUAGGAGGUGGGUGGGGGCGGGGACGAUUUGGUGACAGGACGGGUGCCCUCAGCAGUGAACGGCUGGCUCGGCGGCUGCUGGACAGUGGACCGAGACGGCGGCAGCGGCGCCCAGAUGUCGUCAUCGCCGCCAUGCCCCGUCCACCUCUCGGCCUCCUUCCCCAUCGACCUCUUCAUCUCUCUGUCCUCCCGCACUCGUGCGAUCUCCGCCGCUGGCGUCACCAUGGGCAUUCCACUCGUCAUGAGCCACUUGAUGCCCUCCUCAGUCUCGAAAUACUUGAGCGACCGGCCCGCCUUCAACACGGGCACCCGUCUUGGCAAUGCCGCAGCGGUCUCGUCGACCCCCAGGUCCCACUGAGGCGGCACUUGGCCUGGUGCGGGUGAGCUGAGCUGGGAGAGGGCGAUGGAUGGCUCCCGGGGCAGCCCCAGCUGCUGGGAGGAUGGCAUGAGGUAGCCGUCCAGGUUAGCAUCGCCGUCACCAACUUCUCGGAAGGUCUCUGCGAGCGGGGCUGCAUGGGCAGUGAUAGUUUGCGCGGCGUCCUGUGGCUCAUGUGGGCUUAGGAGGCUCCGCAGGCAGGCGAUGGCUUCGUCAUUCCAGUCAGAUGCACGCCGGUCCAGUGAUGCCCCCGAGCGCACCGUCAGGCUCUCCAGCUCUAGCCCCAGCGGCAUCGGCACUUCCGCAUCAGCCAGCAGGGCCAUGGCGGCCUCGCUCUCGCCCUUGGCCUUCUUGCCGCCCUUCUUGCCCUUGGCGCUGCCGCCGUUCUUGUCUCCUUUGUUGUCGGGGCUUGCCGAGUCGAAGUGGUGCGGCGCGUUGCCGUAGUGCUGCUCCCACGCUGCGUAGGUUUGCAGGGCCUUGGUGAAGGCCGCCCACUGGUCCUCCGACAGCUCCUGAUACUCCAACAGAUGCCUGCACACUCACACAGAAACACACACAGAUGAGGCACGUGACAAUGGUGGGCAGCAGUGGCCGCCCACCGCAUGACGAGGGCGUCCUUCCCGUUCGCAUUGUUGUGGUCGUCGGUUUGCUCAUCCACGCCGGCCACCACCGGCGGCAGCUUGAGGGGCUGCAUGGGCUGACGAGGACCCUUGGCACACGCGUAGUGGUAGAUCGUGUGCAGCCUGCACCCUGCACAAACGAGUGGGACACAGAGACACGAGAAAUGCAUUUCCCACUUCUAUCCCAUCUUGGUGUUCCACCCACCCUCAAAAGGAGCGUCCAGGUCUCUCGCCGGCGGCACAAUCAUCUCGGGGUUAUCGGCCGCUUUCUGCAGCACGUUCCCGGCCUCUUUCUCAUGCAGCAGCUCAUCCGCCUCGCCAGUCUGCCCAUACACGACGAACAGCCGCGGCCUUGGUGCUUCGGGUGGCAGUGGGAGGAAGGUUCUGUCUGGAUGGCAGUAGGGGGUGUUUGGCACACGGCAUCGCGGCGAUGACGGCUCGCCACUGAUGGCCACCGCGAGCUCGACAUUGGAAGAGCCAUCGCCGAUGAGAGUGAACUUGUUACGCUCCGCGUCCUCGAUGCGCACCAGGUUCUCGUCACAGUGGGCCACGUACAGGCCGAUGGGGUCGCUCUCCCCCUCUGUGGUGCCCUCUCCUUGCCACGCCACCCUCACAUUGCCGCACCCAUUGGACCGCACGAGCGUGCCGUCGGGCCGGCGGAGGCAGGCGCGCGCUGACUUGGGGACCAGGCGGAGAGUGGGACGCGCGGAUGAGAGGAGGGCAUUGUUUGGGUCGAAGUUCUCCACCCUCUCCGCUAUGAUCUCCCGCACCACCUGAAGCUGCGUCUUGUCCGGACAGAUGACUCGCGCCUGCAUGCACCACACACAAACGGCGGUGAAAGAAUGAAUGCGUGUUUUUCCCAUGUAGCACCUCGGUGGUCAGUGCUCCUGCAUCUCCUGCCGCGCCGGAGGGGUAUGUCCUUUUGAGGACUGUCUUGGCGUAGCCCUCCUUCUCGACAGUGAUGGUCGUGUUGUCGGGCAGCCUCCAUGCUGCCGCCGAGGUGGGGGGGUGCUGCGGUAUGGGGGAAGAUGUGACGAUACGGGUGCCGUCGCCAAACAGCGCCACCUGAAGAAAGACAUCAGACGACAACCAUACAGGAAGGAAGCGGAAGCGAGUGCGUGGGUGGCGAAAAGGCGUUAACUCACACGCUCAUCUUUGCCAUCGGUUGGUGGGCUCUGCACGAUGGCCACCUCUGUCUCGGCCAAAACGACCUUGUCAUGAGUGUGUGGGUCCCUCUGGAUGGCGAUGGACAGCUCACCCAGAGGGUACUCCAGCCACCCGCCCUCCACCAACACAGCCCCAAAGAACACCUGCGGGUGGUAUACGGGCUGCUCUGCCUCUCCCUGUGUCUCUGCCGCCUGUCCUUCGGCAGCUUCCUCCCCCUCGCUCUCAGCUGCGGGCCCCUGCAGCGACGUCUGGUCUGGAUGGAACCUGCCGAAUCGCCUGGCGUCAGGCCGGCACACCAACCAGUGCCCGGGCACCCCCUGCUCCACCCUCCCCAAUCCCCACGGGUCUUCACGCAUGUCCUCGUGAGCGCGCCAGAUGUUCUUCUCGGUGUCGACCUCGCCCAUGCCCUCCAGAGUGUCGCAUGCACGUGUGUCGAGGAGGGAGAUGAGGGCGUCGAAAAGGGGCAGGGUGGACGGAGGGGCAGCGCUGCGGCGACUGGUGAGCUCCGCACGAGUGGGGUUGCGCGAUGCCAGUGUGCCGUCCUGAAUGAAUGAAUGAACAGCGGGCAACCGAUCACAUUGUGAGCGGAUGAUUAGUUCCUUACCGGGCAGAGCGUCUCGAGUCUCCCCGACAUGAGUUCCCUCACCACGACCCCGCUGCCCAACACCCGCCUCCCGACCUCCUCAUCCUCAACACACCCGAAGUAGUAGCGAGCACUCGUCAAUCGGCUCCGCGGCUGCUGCCCCUCAUCGGUCCCCGGCACCUCCCCCUCGGACAUCUGCAGCCGUGCCUCAAUGAGCGCCACUCGAGUGAGCACGUCGUGUGGCGAGGGGAAGAGAAAUGGCAGGGCAGUCGGGGGCGUCAUGGCGACCGAGCCGUCCGGCAUGCACUGGAUGGUGAGGCCUGUGAAGGACGCGUAGGUGAGAAGCACGCCCAGCGGGGAGGUCUGUUGGGGCCACGAGAGACACGGCUGCUUCAGCUGAUCCAGGUCCAGCUGAGGGGCGGGAGGGGCAUUCUCGUCGUCGCCAGUGGCCUGCUGCUGCUCUUCAUUGGAUUCAGAGGGGGCAGGCAGAUCGUCGGGUGUCCGCGUGACCGCAUAGUGCUGACUGUGGUGCAUCUGCACGGUCAGCCGCGAAUGGUUGUCGAACGUCAGCCAGAACACGCCAUAAGACAGGGCGGAGAGCUGGUCUCGUUCCUUUGGCCGGGGAGGCUCCUCAUUGCUGUCUUUGGCCGCAGGCUGCUCUGCCGGUGGUGUCUCCUCAGCAGCUUCUUCGCCCUCAUUCUCUUCCUCCCCCUCUGCGGCCUGUUCCCCAGCUGGCGGGGGCAUCAGCUCCUCGACAGCAGCGUCAUACGCCUCCACCGCCUGAUCAAAUACAAAAUAGAGCGAAGAACACUCAAAGGUUUUCCUGACACCUAUUCUUACUUGCAAGAGUUGUUCUUUGCGUUUGGCCCAGGUCUCGUCCGAGUAGAUGCCCAUAGUGAGGUCCUCCUUGUAUAUCCUGCCCCACCGCACACAGUGCGUGGCCGGCGGGUCGUAGCCCGGCGGGACCGGUGGAGGCGCCAGCGGGUCCUUGGGCACCUCACUCUCCUUGGCCGACUUCUUGGCUGUUCACAGGGGAGGCAAGGCAAGCAGAUUGUAACGGCCGCUUUUGCGUUCUGACGUCUGACCUUUCCUCUUUUUCUUUGGGUCGGUUUCUUCCUUCGGCGGUGGGGGAAUGGGCGUUGGGAGGAAUUCGUGAGUGCGCUGGGCUCCGUGCUGCUGAGUGGUGACGACCAUGAUGGAGCCGUCUGCCGGCGUGAUGACCUUGGUUGUGUGGCGCAGGUGGUGGUAGCUCUGGGCGGGCAGCUCGUAGAGCAUUGAAGGCACUGGACCUCCCUGGGAACAGAAGACAAAGCCGAAGGAGUGCGAGACAUGAAAUCAAAACAGUGUUGCACCUACCUUUAUGAAGUUCCGCCAUUCGAUGAACGAAGGUCUCCCAAGCCACGGUGCAUUCCAACAGUGCCAAUAACAGCGCCCAGGCAACGCCCUUAAUGCAAGACACACGGAGAGAAGAAAAGAUGUCGAUUCCGCUCACAGACCCAUCCACACUUGCACGCCAAGUGAGCACCGCACCUCUGAUGGAAGACCACAAGCAGGGCGUCCAUUCGCGGGACGUACUGAGUGGCCAUGAGCCAGCUGUCGCGGUCCACCACACACUUGCCCAUCGCCUCGGCCACAAUGCUGGCCGACACACGCUCACGAAACCGCCAGCUCUGCAGCCCCCAACAACGCUCGGGCUGGACCUGAGGAGUUGUCAGACACAGAAUACGCGAGCAGCAGCGUUCGGGCAACCGUACAUGCAGCUACCUGAUUGAGCAGAGUGGUGAGCUCAUGCAGCAGAAGAGCGUGGUCAGCGAGACAUGCAGGAAGGAAACCCAGAAAGGGCAUCAAACGAGACCUCAAAGCGGACCUCCUCUCGGGCAGCAGCGUGGCCCACUCCGGGAAUCGCCUCCUGUCCGGCCCCGGCACGAGCACGUUGUCAGUCAUGCGAUGACAGACAUCCACCAGAUGGGGGCCGCCGGAAAAUGUCUGGCCCACAUGCCGACAAGAGCCCUGGUCUCGAUGGGCUAUGACGGGGCAGCGGGCGAUGGCACCGACUGAGCCGCCUGUUGUGGGAGGGGGAGGGGGGCAGGGGGGAGGGGGCGGUGGCAAAGAAGGCGCACUCAGCCGACUGCAACGACCCGACCCAAGGGGUGUGGCUUUCAAUUAUUUUCGUCUUCUUCUUCUUUCGUAAGGCUUGCUUACUUUUGUGCGACGUCUAGGUAUGACCUUAGCGUGUCGAUCUGAUUCUCUGCAUCUGCCGCCUCAAGCGCUGCUGAACCCUGAAAGAGAGAAUACAUACAGGAUGACCACGAUACACGUCCCAACGGGUAGUCGCCUGGGUCGACCUCUUGGUUGACGGCCACUUGCUCGACAAGGCAGUGAAGCAGGACGGGCACAUCGUGCUGAAAGGGAUCAAUCGAGGACACCAGCCGCUCAUAUACCCUGUUGCCAGCCACCAAAGAGACAAAUCAACUCGCGUGCCCGUUGUGUUCGGCUUUUCACGUCUCUACCUCUGGUCGCUCUCAACCUUGGCCGUCUCAUCCUUUUCCGCUUCUUCGGCCUUCUCGCCUUCACCUUCGUCCCCCUCCCCGCUUUCGUCAGCACCCUCGUGUGCACGGUCAUCCACAGCCCCAGCCCCUUUCUCGAGCGACUGAAUCGCCACCGACGCCAUAAAGGCCUCAUACUCCCGCCUGUCGUCCUCGAUAGCCGCAAGCUCAUCGCACAACAUGUCCACGAGAGCUUUGGGGCCACCAACAGGCUCGUCGCUUUCAACAGCCUCUUCUGCCGCAGCAAGGACCCUGGCAGACAGAUCCCAUCGCUGUAUGUAGUGAAUCGUUUCGGUUUAUUCUCACCUUGCGCAAUUGGGUAUUACUGAGAGUGUGGUGUCGGCCGCUUUGGCCCCCUUAGUGAUAAGCUCGUCAAGUGUGAGGAACAGGGAAUCCAGCCUCUCUUCUUCAGGCAAAUUGUCCUCGUUCUCAUGAAGGGACGCGUAUUUCACGUCUGACAGCCCCAGCGGCUCCAGGUGGACAAUACCCGAGAAGGGGAGACUCUCGGUGCCAAUGAGGCUCUCCAGCUGCUCCUCAGUGGCCGGCAGAUCUUGGGCGAUGAUCAGUAGGUCUAGUGAUGGCUUCGACGCGUCAGCAGCAGGCUCCUCGGCAACUUCCUUGCUUUCAUCGGCGUCUUCCGCCUCUUUCUCUUGCUGCUGUCUAUCCAUUGCAUCUUUCUUGGCCUUGUUGAACUUGCUCCUCCGCCCUGCCGCCACGUGGUCUUGCGUCAGCCUUGUAAGCACCUCGCCCAUCGUGUGUCCAGCCAUCUCUGUGGAGUCUUUCGCAUCCCUCAUGCCCGUCUCCACUGCAUACUGCACCAGCAUGUCCUUGGUCACCACCAGGGUCUUCAUCGGCACCUCUGCUGCAGGCUUGUCUGCCAGAUUCUCCCUCACGUAUCCCAUCACCGCCGCCAGAACGUCUGUCGCCUCACCCGCCGCUUGGGCGUCCUCUCCCUCUUCUCCUGACAGUGUGGCCUCCUUGAUGUCGGUGGGGUCAUAAGAGCGGGAGAAGAGUCUGAUGCAGCUCGAGAGGAAGGGAGGCUCCUCCAGUGGGAAGUCGACGGUGAGCUCCUCCUCCACAUCAGGGACGAGCUUCGCCGCUCCUCCCUUAGGGGCGGCCUUGGGCGCCAUGACGCGCUGACGAUAUCAACCAGAUGGGCCCCAGAGGAGGUUUGUUUGAGAAACGAGGAGACUGGGGGCGAAGGGGGGCUGAUGAUGCA